CUCGACGUUUCUGCUUCCCUCUUCCAUCCCCUCCUCGGUAAGUUGCGGUAAGGUGUGGACAGGGUUCAAGCGUUGAAACGUGCAGACGCGCAGACUCACAUCGUUUGGAAUCUUGUAACCCUCGAGUCUUUUCAUUUGUGUACGUGUACGGGCCAAAACGCGACCCAUCUUGGGACGAAGACCGCCGCUACGCUGCGAAAGGUACGACGAGUUGCCGUCUGGAAUAUCGCACUUGUCCCAGCAUGGAAUUGAGUUGAUCGAGAGCAACUCAAUUUCUUUCCUGUGCGGAAAAGGGAAGCCUUCUGAUGCCCGUUCGAAGUGUUAUGAUCAGAAGACGAGUGCGCCCGCAUGGCCAAUCUUCUCUUAUUUUGACUCGUCACCUUUUCCCAUCCCAACCGAUACCCUCUUCACACAGCAUGUGCUUCUCUCCUCGUUUUUGUUUAUAGCUGAGCUAACUGGAUUUCUCUCACGUACUAGUUACGUUUGGACCGCUGCGGGACACACGAACGGCUUGUGCCCGGUAACAUCUCCAUUCUACUCCGAGUCCCGUGCAGCACAAGACGUACGAUCGAGACAUCAUGGCUUUCCUCAAGACCCUCGUCGCUCUGGCGGCCGUCUUCCCCUUCAUCGACGCUCGCCUCAUGUCCAGGGCGACCAGCCUCGCCCAGGGCGUCCAGAUGUUGAACAUGGCCGCCGACGACCAGCAGAUCAGCCUCCAGAUUGGCAUCAAGCUGCAGAACAUUGAAAAGCUGGAGCCUAUGCUCCGGGACGUCUCGGACCCGGACAGCCCUAAUUACGCCAAGUACCUCACGGCGGCCCAAGUCAAUGACAUGUUUAAGCCGGCCGAAGCCUCCGUCGCCGCCAUCCAGGCCUGGCUGGCCAAGGAGAACGUCAGUGACGUCUCGUACACAGACGGUGGCCGCUUCGUCAAUUUCGCGACCGACAUCGCCACUGCCAACAGGGUGCUCGGCGCGAGCUUCGCCUACUACGACGUCCAGGGCACCGUGAAGCUGCGCACCAAGGAGUACUCAGUCCCGGACCCCAUGACGGAGCACGUCGAGCUCGUCACGCCCACGACCUACUUUGGAAGCACGAAGGGAGACCCAGCCUUCACCAACGCCGAGCUCCCGCCGAUGUUCGCGCCUCUCGCCGGCAGACAAGCCCCCCCCGGGCCCGGCGCCACGGUCAACUGCUCCAAGGUAUUCUCGCCACCGUGCUUCGAGCUGGCUUACAACUACGGCGCCUACCAGGCCGACCCCGCCGCGGGGAGCCGUGUCGGCUUCGCCAGUUUCCUCAACCAGUCUGCCCGCCAGGACGACCUCACGCCCUUCCUCACCAGGUUCAAUCUGCCGGAGCAGAAGUUCACCAGCGUCCUCGUCAACGGCGGACAGGACCACCAGGACCCUGCGGGCGAUGUGACUGAGGCGAACCUCGACUCCCAAGUCAUGGCGGCCACGGUCAAGACCCUCCCGAUCACGCAGUACCUCACCGGCGGCAAGGGGCCCCUGAUUCCCAACCUGCGCACGCCGACGCAGGCGGAAAACCAGAACGAGCCGUUCCUCGAAUUUUACCAAUUUAUGAUGACGCAAGAGAACGCCCAGAUCCCGCAGGUGAUCUCCAUAUCGUACGGCGACGACGAGCAGACCGUCCCCAUCGAGUAUGCCACACGCGUGUGCAACCUCAUCGGCAUGAUGGGCCUGCGUGGCGUCAGCGUUCUCGGAUCCAGCGGCGACACAGGUGUCGGCGCACCAUGCCGCGCCAACGACGGAAGCAACGCUGUCCAGUUCACGCCUCAGUUCCCCUCCACGUGCCCGUACAUCACCUCCGUGGGCGGGACGCAGGCCUUCGGCCCUGAGACCACCUGGAUCGCGUCAGGCAGUGGCUUCAGCAACUACUUCAAGCAGGCAUGGUACCAGGAGGCGGCCGUGAACCAGUAUCUGCAGACCGGAAUUUCGCCUGAGACGAAGGCGUAUUAUCAGCCGUUCGCCAACUUUAGCGGACGAGGCUUCCCGGAUAUCGCGGCACACUCUGCCGGCCCUCCGUUCCCCAUCGUCGUCGCCAACAAGCUCGUUGGUACUGGAGGCACUUCGGCUUCCGCCCCGUUGGUUGCUGGCUUGGUUGGACUUCUCAACGAUGCCAGAAUCAGAACCGGGCAGCCAACCAUGGGCUUUUUGAACCCCUGGCUUUACAAGAGAGGCCUCAAGGGACUGACAGAUGUCACCACUGGUGUCGCCCAGGGAUGUGGCGGCAUCGAUUUGCAGUCGAAAAAGCCUUUGCAAGGCGCUGGCGUCAUUCCCUUCGCGUCAUGGAACGGCACUCAAGGAUGGGAUCCUGUGACAGGGUUGGGUCUUCCCAACUUUGAGGAAAUGAAGAAAAUUGCUCUGACGAAGUAGGUGAUGGUUUCAUGUUUGCAAAUGCCUUGUAGUU